CAAAUUCCACGAGUCGUUCGAAAGAAUUCACAACAAUAUUAUAAAACAUUUGUUUUCAUAUUUUUAUUGAGAUGAGAAGAAGGAUGUCUUCCAAUGCUGAAGCUUGCUUAGCUGGCUCUACGAUGAACGAUGCAGUCCGUGAAGCGGAAUGUCUGGAGCGCAAGUCUUUGGUGGUUUGGAGGCAACCAUUAAAAACGCUGAAAUACAGCAUCUUAGAGCUGUUUGGCAUGUUGAGUGGGCUUGGAUCCCGUCUCUUGGACCGGCGAUUCUUGUGCAGCCUGCUAGUCUUAUUGAUUAUCUAUAAUAUUCCAGGACCACAUUCAUCUUAUUUGGAGGUCUGUCGGCAUAAUAUCGGCUUUAUCGUUUACUGGAUGGGCUUGGGCCUGCUGUCCUCGGUGGGCUUUGGGACCGGGCUGCACACCUUUCUGCUGUAUCUGGGACCUCAUCUAGCUGGUGUUACAUUGGCUGCUUACGAAUGUCACACAUUAGACUUUCCUGCGCCGCCGUAUCCGGAUCAAAAGAUAUGUCCAAAGGAGCCAUAUAUACGUAAGUUGCCCAACACCUGGGAGAUCUUGUCAAAGGUGCGAGCCGAGACCAUGUUCUGGGGCGUGGGCACUGCACUGGGUGAGCUGCCGCCUUACUUUAUGGCCAGGGCGGCACGUCUCUCCGGCAAGUCUCUUCUGCAGGAGUGUCAAUCGGAGGAGCCAGAGCAGACUGAGCAGCAAUCGGAGAAGGGGGAACAGUCGCAACGUCUUAAUUUAUUUGAUAAAAGCAAACUUCUCGUGGAGCGCGUUGUGCUGCGCAUCGGUUUCUUUGGAAUUCUGUUAUGCGCUAGCGUGCCAAAUCCACUCUUCGAUUUGGCUGGAGUUGCCUGUGGCCAUUUUCUGGUGCCCUUCUGGAAGUUCUUUGUGGCCACGCUGAUCGGCAAGGCGGUUUUCAAGUCCAACAUACAACAACUGCUAGUCAUUGUGGCCUUUAGCGAGGACUUGAUCGGUGUUCUGGUCAAGGCACUUGGUCAGGUGCCCUACAUCGGCUCCAAAGUCCAGGCACCCCUCCAUAACCUGCUGACCUCCACCAAGCAGCGCAUGCACCACAAGACGCACGACAAUCGCGACAACGCGACUUCGUUCACUGGCUUCGCUCUCGUGGCGCAUCUCUUACAGCUGCUGGCAUUUCUCAUUGUUGUCUACUUUGUGAUCUCGGUGCUGAAUGCCCUAGCACAAAGGCGUUGCAAGCGACUGCAGCUGGAGAAGAUGGAGAGAGUCGAUGCACACGUUGAGUUAGCUCAGAAAGAUGAUCCCUUAGAGGCGACACUCAAAGCUUUGCCUAAAAUUGACGAAAGUAUAGCGGAAAUCAACGGCUAGACCAAUCAUAUACACCUCAACUCUAGAAAGUCUUUCGCAUGCUAUAUAUUUUGGGAAUUUCGGAACUUAUUAUGCGGAUGGAAGCUGGUCGCCUAUCAGGAAUUGAAGUUGGAUCCAAAUAAAACAUUCAAUUGAAAUUUGUUGUAUCGUUUAUUUCAUUAUCAUUAGUUCUGUUUUGCAUUGGGAUUUCUAUUGUUUUUGAAAUGUAAUUCAAUGCCAUCAUAUUAUAAUAUCCAUUGUACAUUUACAUUCAACAGCGAUUUAACACAAAGCCAAGCAUUAACUUAAUGCGUUAAUUUUUAUUUGUUAUAUUAUUUGAGUUUCAUUUAGUUUUCGACUCUCUCUGAUGCAUACAAAAUAUGAUAUUCGAUUUUAACUAAUUAUGCAC